AUGGCCGCGGACGACUCGGGCGCGCCGUGGGAGGAGCUUCGGCGCGAGGCGCGGAAGCUGGAGGGCGACCUGGACGUGAAGCUGUCGUCGUACGCCAAGCUCUGCAGCAUGCUGUCGCAUAGCGGGCGGCAGCGAGGGGUCGGUGGUGGCGAUGGAGAAGGCGAUAGAAGCGCAGCUGCAGCACCUGAGUUGAGCCGCACCAACCACCGCAUGGCCACCUGCUGCGCCGCCGGUGCUUCUGCCAUGCAUCGUGCCUCCCUCCCUCCCUCCUCUCAUCGUUGUUCUCGCCCCUCCCCUCUCCGUCCCCCUCCCAUCGGCCUCUCCCCUCCCCCCCGCUCCCCACGCUUCCCCGCCUCGUACCCCCCCUCCCGGGCCCCCGUUCCCCCCGCCUCCCCCACCUUCCCCCCAGGGUACGGCGAAGGAGGCGAGGGGGGCAGCGAGGGGUCGGUGGUGGCGGUGGAGAAAGCGAUAGAGGCGCAGCUGCAGCGCCUGGCUGACACCAACAACCGCAUGGCGCGCUGCUGCUCUGCUGCCGCUCCCUCCCAUCUUGCCUCCCUCCCCUCUUCUCAACGCCGCUCUGGCCCCACGCCUUCCCCAUUCCCCCGCCUUCCCCCCCCCCCCCGCCCCCACUCCCGCCACUCCCCCCGCUCCCCCCGCCCCGCCCCCACAGGGUACGGCGAGGGGGGCGAGGGGGGCAGCGAGGGGUCAGUGGUGGCGGUGGAAAAAGCAAUAGAGGCGCAGCUGCAACGCCUUGCUGACACCAACAACCGCAUGGCGCGCUGCUGCUCCGCUGCCGGUGGUGGUGUCGGUGGCGAGGGCACGGCUGCCACGGCGUCGCUGUCUCAGAAGGUGGCCCGGCAUCGGGACAUUUUACAAGAGUUCACUCAGGUACGUGGUGGUGGUGGUGCUGCUGCUGCCGCUGCUGCUCGUGCUGCCGGUGGUGUCGGUGGCGAGGGCACGGCUGCCACGGCAUCGCUGAAGCACGAGGGGCAAUCUGGCCAUGAUGAGAUGAGGCAGUUCCAUUCCUCCAUGACUCAUCCAUGCUUGCAUCACAUCCCUCCCUGUCCCUUACACUCUGAACCAUGA